AUGGAAAAAUGCAGCAGCUCAGACAGCAUCGAAGGUGCAGAUGAACGCCACACGCACGUGCGGAAACAGAAGUAUAUCUUCAACAUCAGUUCCAUGGAAAAGGAAGGUUUGCUGGGAGCUGAGCUACGGAUCCUGCGAACACGGUCAGCAGAUCCAAGGCGGGCACGAGUUCCAGGAACUGUGUACAACCUCCGAAUAUCCAAGUGCCCCAUAGACAGGCAGAAGCCAAUUGUACUUGAUUCUUGCUCUGUUGAUCUUUUGGAUGCACCCAAAUGGGAAGUCUUUAACGUUUGGAAACUCUUCAAAACGUACCGGAAGGAGCAGCCGUUGACUCAACUUUGCAUCGAGCUGGAGGCCUUGGUCAGAGGAAGAGCAGUGGAUUUAAGAAGCUUGGGUUUUGGCAGGGCAGAUCGCCAAACCAAAGAGAAAGCUCUUCUGCUGGUGUCAGGUAGGACCAAAAAACGGGACCUGUUCUUCAACGAAGUCAAAGCCAGAUCGGGCCAGGAUGACAAAACUGUUUAUGAAUUCCUGUUCAACCAGAGGAGGAAGAGAAGGGCCCCUCACACAUCCCGACAAGCAAAAGGCAAGAAGGCCAAGCCAAGGUGCACUAGAAGACCUCUCCAUGUGAACUUCAAGGAGAUGGGCUGGGAUGACUGGAUCAUUGCUCCAUUGGACUAUGAAGCCUAUCACUGUGAAGGAGUUUGUGACUUUCCUCUUCGGUCUCAUUUAGAA